UGAUAGCUGUUGCAUUCAAACACACAGACACCAACACACUUUCAAACAGCGCCUCUCUUCGAUCUGCUCAUUUAGUCUCUUUUACUCAAAAAAAUCCAACAUUACACCUUUGUGAUUAUCUUAGCUAUUAUAUUUAUCAUAUUAGCGUUUACCUGCCAGCGUACGUGUGUGAUUUGAUCAGUGUAUCGGUGUGUGUUUUUGAGGUUUAUCAGAAGCUAACAAGCUUUUCGCUUUAGACUGUUCACUUCUGGUUCAGAAAUGGAUUUAUUUGGUGAUCUUCCUGAACCUACAAAUGAUCCAGUGAUCCUACCUCACAAGUGUGGCUCAAAAAUGCUGUCUUGGUCCUGUUAAAGCCAAGCAGCCGGAUGAGGGCACAGAGGAGGAACGAGGAGAGAAGAGGAAGAGAGAUGUCAGUUUGGAGGAGACAGAGGUGGAAGAUGAGAAACGAGAGGAAAAGAAAGUUUGUAAAGCAGAUCUUGCAAAGCUGAUGGGUUUUGUCUCAGCGAGACGCGGUGAACGAGAGGAGAUGCAAGAUGCACACGUCCUGCUUCCAGACCUGACGGCCAGCGUCACCAACCUCCCCUCGCAAGUAUCUCGUCUUGCAUACUUCGCUGUGUUUGAUGGUCACGGUGGAGCUCGAGCGUCACAGUUUGCUGCUGAGAAUCUCCAUCACACGCUGGUCAGCAAAUUUCCUAAAGGUGACGUGGAGAAUUUGGAGAAGCUGGUGAGGAAGUGUCUGCUGGACUCCUUCCGUCAGACUGAUGAGGACUUCCUGAAGAAAGCCUCCAGCCAGAAGCCUGCGUGGAAGGACGGCUCCACGGCCACCUGUAUGCUGGUGGUUGAUGAUGUUCUGUAUGUGGCAAACCUGGGAGACAGUAGAGCAGUGCUGUGUCGUUUGGAGCAGGCAGAGGAUUCUGGGAAGAGGAAGUGUGUGACUUUGGCUCUCAGUAAGGAACACAACCCCACCAUAUAUGAGGAGCGCAUGAGGAUUCAGAGAGCGGGCGGCACGGUCAGGGACGGCCGUGUGCUGGGAGUUCUGGAAGUGUCUCGUUCCAUCGGUGACGGUCAGUAUAAACGCUGUGGUGUGAUUUCCACUCCAGACGUGCGGCGCUGUCAACUCAGUCGAAAUGACAGGUUUGUUCUUUUGGCAUGUGAUGGGCUUUUUAAAGUGUUUUCUGCAGACGAGGCCGUUCAGUUCGUCCUCAACAUUAUAGAGAAUGAGACUGUGGAGCAGAAGGAGGGGCAGAGCGAGGAGGCGGGGCGAUUUGAAGCCGCUUGUCAGCGAUUGGCCAGUGAGGCAGUGAGGCGGGGCAGUGCAGACAACGUCACUGUCAUUCUGGUCUCUAUUGAAUUUUGAAAUCAUGACACAAACACACACACACACUUCAAUUCAGAAUAUUUUCUGUUACACAAACACACACAGACACACAUGAAUGCAUGAAUUCAGAUGUGGUAGAUUGAAAUGAAAAUGUGGUUUAUUAUAGAGAUGUUUGAAUCUCAACUUGAUUUUUAUUUUUAUUUUUUUUUCCCAAAGCAGAGCUUUUGAAAACACUGUGUCAGAUUUUAGUAUUUGUGCUGUUUGGCAGCAAAUACUAAAUAAUAAACUUUUAUACAAUCUCACAAUUUCUGUGUCCUCUCUAAAUUCUGUGUGUGCCAGAAUGUUUGUUAGUGGAU